GUGGAGAUGUCUCUAUAACGCGGACUACUCGAUGUUUUCCGUUACUAUCAAGUGAUUAAAGUGCAUUCAACUGAAGAAUAGUUGUUAAUUGAAUGAUUGUCGACCUGAAACUAGAAUUAGUGUAUUUGUUGGAGGAAAUAGUUGUAGAAAUAACAUAAAAAUUAGAAAAUUUCCAAAAUGUCUGCUGUGGCUGGAGAAAAUAUAAGCCUAUUUGGACAGGCUAUUAUUCAAAUAGGGGCUGGUGGUUCCGCUGGUUUCGUCGAAGUCUGCGUCAUGCAUCCCAUGGAUCUGGUGAAGACUCGAAUGCAAUUGCAAGUCAACUCAAGUGUCAAAAAUCCUGGGUAUUACACAGGGGUUCUAGAUUGUAUGAAAAAAAUGUACAUACAUGAGGGGUUGGGCUCAUUCUGGAAAGGCAUAGUUCCACCGAUUAUCGCGGAAACACCCAAACGGGCUGUUAAAUUCUUCACGUUUGAGCAGUACAAAAAAUGUUUUUUGUGGGGAGCUAGUGCACCGACACCGCUGACAUUCGCGCUCGCGGGAUUCUGCGCGGGAGUAACCGAAGCAAUAUUGGUAAAUCCAUUUGAAGUUGUGAAAGUACAGUUACAGUCGAACCGCGAAAGACUGAAAAACACCCCAUCAACGUUAGCCGUAACACGAGCCAUCAUAAGAAAAAAUGGUCUAGGACUUGAUGGUUUGAACAAAGGGUUAUCAGCAACUGCUAUGAGGAACGGAGUGUUCAAUUCUUUCUAUUUUGGAUUUUAUCACUCGGUUAAAAGCUACAUACCUGUCAAUAAAGAUCCUUGGAUGGAAUUCUUCUCGAAGGUGGGUCUAGGAUUCAUUGCUGGAACAACAGCUUCAUGUCUGAAUAUUCCCUUCGACGUGGCGAAAAGUAGAAUACAAGGUCCUCAAGGAGAUAUCAAGUACAAGGGAACGUUGAGGACAAUAAAAAUUAUUUACCAGAGGGAAGGAUUUUCAGCCUUGUACAAGGGGCUACUGCCAAAGGUACUUCGAUUGGGCCCUGGGGGAGCAAUAAUGCUCGUCGUCUACGACUACAUGCACGCCUUCCUCUCAUUUCACAUGAUCAAUUGAGUUCUACUCUUUACAAUUACACAUUAUGAAAAAAAAUAAAGAAUAAUCCAUCUCGAUCUUCAUCUUGUACGU